CGGUUUUAUAAUCUUCGGUCUUUGCAUUUCAGUUUCUCGGUCUUCGGCUGUACACGCGCGCCAAGAUGGUAAUCUCAACGACAGAUGCGACUAAAACGAAGAGGACGAGGACGAAUGUAAGGCAGUCCAAGUUUGGCUGCUUUACUUGCAAGGCCCGGCGAAUCAAGUGCGAUGAAGCCAAGCCAGCUUGUCAACGGUGCUUGACUUCAAAACGAGAAUGCCAAGGCUAUCCCCGAGGCGCAUAUCCAGACUCGGAUAAAACUGCAUCGACGACUAUAUCACUUGUAUCCGCGUCUUCUUCACCCUCAGACUCCCCCGCGUCACCAUCACCAUCAGCAACAACCGUCUCAACCUUGAGAUCCCUCGCCUUCAAUCCAUAUUCUCUCUCAAAUCCUUUCGUCGACCUCGGAUGUACAGUCUUGGUGCAAAGUCCCCGUCGUGCGAGAAACGACAUCGAACAAACUUUCUGGUCCCGCACCGUCCCGCAAUUAUCCCAAUCCAUCCCCUCAGUACGCGCCGCCAUCGAAGCAUUUGGCACAUCUUAUAGCGAAUAUGUUCUCAGAGGCUCAUCUGCGAGACCUGGUUUCGAAACUACAAAGCGAUAUUCACAGGCCUUGAGACUGGUGCAGCAAGACCUUGCCACCUUGCCGAAUGGUCCCAUACCAUGUGUUGUUGCCUGCCUAUUUCUUGGGUUUGUCGAGGCUAUACAGCAGAGACUCAACAAAGCACUGGUGCAUCUCCAGGGAACAUUCUCACUAAUGAUGUCUCUGACUGAUAAACAACUUCUUGCAGAGGUGGAUACCAAUAGCCUUGUAUUGCUCUUGAAGAAGCUUGACCUGCAUGUCGCCACAUACGCUGUAUCCCAUCCCCCAAAUCUUCCCAUGAAACCAUUCGUCAUGGGUGAUGUGCUUAGCUCUUACCCACCAGAUGGCUCUCUGUUCAAGAUUUUGCACUCAAACUACCAUUUCACAGCAAAGGCAUUUCCAUACAAAUACACCAGUCGCCGAUCUAUCCCACCCGAACUGCUUAUUGAACAGGGCCGACAGCUUGCGAAUUUGAAGCAAUGGCUAUCACUUAACGAGCUUCCAUCGGCUUCAGAUACCGAAUCACACGAAUCACUGGUCGUUCUUCGCUCCCAAUGCCUUGCUGCGUUGAUCAACACGGCCAUCAUUCUCGACCCAAGAGAGACAAGCUAUGACUGCUACGGCCCCGAGUUUCAAGAAAUUAUCACAUCCAUCGAAACCCUGCUACUGAGUAAAAGCCUCGAUGGUGCAUCGAGAUAUAACGGGACGGACACGCUGCCGUCUUUCGUUCCGGAAAUGGGCAUAAUACAUCCCUUGUAUUUCACAGCAAAGAAAUACAGAAGCCCAUUCUGGCGUCGAAAAGCUUUAAGCCUCAUACUAAAAAGUGGCAAGGAAGGUCCAUGGUGCGCUGAGACGGAAGGUUCCCUGAUAGCAGCCAUCAUCAACGCCGAAGAAGGAACUUUCAAUCUGGAAUCGCUGCAUAUGGAAAAGAUACUAGAUAAAAGUCCAGCUAGUAUACCAGAGGAGAGGAGAUUCAGCGCCGUCUGGGCAAGUGAUCCUGAAGGCGAGAAUGGGGAGUGCACGCAGUAUACUAGGAAGAGAUAUACCAGGGUCAUGAUGUAUAGAUGUAGAGACAUAGAAGGGCUUUUGAGAGAUGACAAAGGGCCAAGGGAAAUUCCAUGGCUUGACCCUGAGAUGUGUGUGGUUGAUUCUGAGUGGUGGAUUGGACGGGAUGAGCCAUUGGAUGUGAUCCUUUCGAUUGGGGGACGGUCAACAUGAAAUGGCGAGAGAAUUUAGAGACCACUUUAUCAAUAUUCCGUAGGCAGAGGGUUAAAAAACAACGAAUGUGUAUUAGUAUCUAUUGCAGAGAUCGAAAUCCCAUGGUCGGGGGUAGCUGACAAGUAGAUGGGUACCCGACUAGGUAGUUGUUACAUACUGAACCAGCACAUAAAGCCGUUUGACAAGUACAGG